UAAGUGAACUACCAAAAAUAUCUAUCUAUCUAUCUAUCAAGUACCAAAAAAUAAACCUUUCUCAAAAGUCAAUAUCUCACUCUUUCUUCAUUCAUCACGCGUAGAUAACAAAAAACCCUAAAUCGCGUUUUUACUCACAUCGCAGUUGCGGUGGCGGUGUUUCUCUUCUUCUCUUUCCGUCGUCGAUCAAGAGGGGUUUCGCUACCCUUUCUCUCUGGCUCAGUUAAGGCUGUCCAGGUGACCUGUCUUCAUAUGGACUGAUAGCUUGCUUGAUGCCUUUGUGUCAAAGGUGUUAGAGAAUCUUCUGGCUUUUUGAGAAAUUGGAAAUUUGGAGUGUCCUCGCACUCAAAGGGUUAUAUCAUCAUGAUUGCCACCGAGACUUUUGCACCAACUACAAAGUUGAAGAUCAAAUUCUCCACCAAAAGGAUAGAAGUCGUUUCUGGGCCGAAGUGUCAGUUUGGAGAGAAAGCGUCUCAACUUGAUGUGAAUGGACCCUGUAAUUCCAUCAAAAAGUCCUCUCUGUCAGGUUCCAAUAAAAGGGAACCUUCAGGGAAUAUUGAGGGCCCAAAGAAUAAAAGGCAGAAACUCGAUCGGAAAGGGUCACAGCAGUGUGCUUCAAUCCUCAAAUCAUUAACAUCUCAUCCCUACAGCUGGGUGUUUAAGACCCCUGUGGAUCCUGUAGCGUUGAACAUUCCAGAUUAUUUUACGGUCAUAUCUCAUCCCAUGGAUUUAGGCACGAUUAAAUCCAAGUUGGAGAAAAAUGUUUAUUUUAGCAAAGAGGAGUUUGCAGCUGAUGUCAGAUUGACCUUUUCAAAUGCCAUGACAUAUAAUCCUCCAGCCAACGAUGUUCAUUUGAUGGCAAAGGAGCUCAACAAAUUAUUUGACAGAAAAUGGUAUGACAGGGAUAAAAAAUGGAAUUCUGAAGAUGAGCUUGGGCAAAGCGGGACUGAAAUAAUUAAAGAAACUGUGAGAAAAAGUUGUAAUGGCACUCAAUCCCGGCAUAAAGAUUCCUUGUCCAAAAAGUCCCGAGCAUCUGAACCCAAAGGAAUUCAUAAGAUUAGUUCAAUGACAACAAGAGAUGCUAAAGUGGAGGUACCUAAAUUAUCGCAUGUUCCUUGCAAAUCACUUGAGAAGGACUUGAUUAAAGGAUCUGAAGACAGGGAGCCACCUACGUGUAGUGCUUCUGCUUUGAAACAGGACUGCCAGACUAAAUGUGCAUCACCUUUGCAGAGGAAGUCUGAUCCUGGUUCUGAUGGGGCUGUAAGUUCUUUAGAUAGUGAACACGCAUGUCCUAGUUCUCAGCAUGCAACUCUUGCUACUGAUGCUUCUUCUGGUGAAGUAUGGAGCACCCCUGUUCUUCCUGCCCAGCUUUCACCUAAAAAGGCUCUUCGUGCUGCUAUGCUCAAAAGCCGAUUUGCAGAUACCAUUUUAAAAGCACAACAAAAGACUCUUCUUGAACAUGGUGAUAAGCGCGAUCCUCUGAAAAUGCAGCUUGAAAAGGAGAGAUUGGAAAGGAUACAACGUGAAGAACGAGCAAGGAUUGAAGCCCAAAUUAAAACGGCUGAAGCUGCUGAAAGAAUGAGGGCAGAGGAAGAAUCAAGGAAACAAAGAGAAAAGGAAAGAGAAGCUGCACGAGCUGCUAUAGAAAAGAUUAAGAGAUCUGUUGACAUUGAACAUAAUUUGGAGGUCGUGAAAGAACUGGAGAGUUUGAGUGGAUGUACGCUGUCUUAUAAAGCCCUGGGCAGUAGAAAUGACCACAGAACUGCAAUGGAGAGAUUGGAUAAACUUCAGUUUGAGAACCCAUUGGAGCGACUUGGUUUAUUUAUCAAGGAUGAUUACAUCGCAGAUGAAGAUGAGGAGGUUCUGAACGGAGGAGGAGGUGGCUGGGAGGAAGGGGAAAUUUUUUGAUACACCUUUGUUCUGCCAGUAUUGAUUGUUUAUAUCCUUUAGACAGGAAAAAUACAAUAAUUGUAUAUGCAAAUAUUGCAGUAGAAUUGGGUCUUUGAUCAUGUGUGUCCCAUUAAUUGGAAUAUAAAGUCCUGCUGGUAUUUUGCAUAGAGGAAUCCUCUGGCAAACUUAGAAAGCACUGAUAGACUUAUUGUAUGUGAUAUAAAAAUGAUGAGACUGCUAAAAACCAAAAAUAUUGAUUAGUUGUCUUUAAUGGCUUCGAACUGUUUGUGCAUUUUUUGCUU